UCAAUUGUGCUGGUUGAGGCCUUCCUGCAUCAUGUUUACCGGGCGUACCCUUUCCUCGAUAGAGAGUGGAUUUUGCGAGCAGCAGCGGACGUACCCGAUGAUGGACCUGAGGACGAUGCAAUGGUUUUGUACAUGGUAAUGGCGAUCGGCCAUACAAGCCUUGAGCGAUCAGGAAAGGCCCCAAGUGCAGGGACUGCCGGCUUUACGAUCGCAUAUGCCGAGAUCCUGCAGCGAUGCACCAUGAGUGAAAGCAUUCACUCGAUCCAAAUCCUAAUUCUCUUGGCUCUAUACUCGCUUUUCGAUCCACAAGGCCCGUCCACUUGGACCAUUGUGGGCAUCGUCACCCGCCAAGCCGUGAGCCUGGGCCUCACUCGACCGGGGUUGUGGGAGGACGGCUUGACCCCACAGGCCGUCCAGCUCCGUCGCCGCCUAUUCUGGAGUAUCUUCGUGCUAGACCGGAUGAUGGCGGUGUCAGUCGGUCAGUCCCCGGGCCUCACAGUUGAGGACUCCAUGAUUCCUUUGCCAACUAUCACGGUUGAAGAAUUCGCCACGCCAGAGAGGGCGGAGGUGGCUGCCGUGCUGCAGGUCAGUCGACAUGUUAUCGAGCUGCGCCAACUAGAGGCACGAAUUCUCUCCACAGUACAUCUUGCGGGCGGAGGCUCACCCGAGGAGAAAGCUCCCUUCGAUUGCAGCAUGAUCACAGCCAAACUACGGUUGGAAAUCGAAAACUGGUAUAGCCAAGGUUGCCUGAUUUCCCAACCGGAGCUUGAUAAUGUGCGCGUACAUGAUACCAUGGGUUGGUUAAAUGCGCGAUACUAUCAUCUGCUUUUGCUGCUGUAUUAUCCAUGUCGAUUUAAUGCUCGUUCGAACGCCAGUGGGGCCUUCCGUAUCAGAUCUCUGCUGGAGCUGGUAAGGAAGUUUCUCCAGUACAAUCGAGUUCUUCUUGGUAGCCGACAAUUGCCGUUGAACCGGAUCACGCUAAACCGGCUGGUACCGGCCUGUUUGGUUUUGCUGCAUUGCUUUGUGUCCGACGCAGACCUGGCCGAUCUCAUCCGAAUCCAGGCCCGUGUCUGUAUAGAUAUUCUAGGAAGCUUCCCACCACAGUGGCGACAGGCACAUCAUUUGGUGGAUCUGAUGCAAAAGCUUCAAGAAAUUAUUACAGGGCAUGUUAUUGGUACCAAUGAUGAUAGUGUGCAGUCAUUACGGCUGGACAUGUUAUCCUUGCUGGGCGACACCCUAGGCCGGGCCAAUUGUUACCAGGAUAUCGUUGGCUGGGAA